CAAGGCGACUAAAGUGCGUGCGUGCGUGCGUGCGUGUGCGUGCCAGAAAGUGUGCUAUGAAAAGAGAACGAUCGUCGGGACGACGAUUCCACGGCUAUCCACGAACGGACGGCAAUUCCAUGCUUGAAAAACGAACGGUCUGAAGACGGGAAUAUUAUGGACUACCCGGUUUUAGGCCACUACGACCCGUCCGUAGAGGCCACGGCUGAUAGCGGCGGUGACGAGCAAGAAUUGCUUUGGGAAGAAUCAAAUUAUGUUUUACCUGGUGAUGAAUAUGUACCUGCAACAGAACAAUUUGGGGAAGACUUUACUGGGGCUGAAUUUCAUGAAACUCGUACUUUACUUGCUGAUGGGGGGGAUAGAUUUGGAGUUUCCACUGCCACUUUCGAUAAUGUCGAAGAACUUAUGUGGAUGGGGAAUCAAGGGGGUCACGUGACAUCUUAUUAUGGAGCUGGUUUACAAAAGUAUACCUCAUUUCAAGUUCAUGCUACACAAGAAGUUCGGCACAUUCAUCCAUUAGAUGAGGGAAUUUUAAUCUUGACACAGAGUUUAUUAAGAUGUCAAUUGAGACGUGGCAUACCAAUAUUUACACACAUGUCAUCAAAUAUGAUAGACAUGCAAUGUAUGCUUCAAAUCUCACCAACAAGAUUACUUAUGGGGGGACAUCAAGAAAAAAUAAUUGAUUUCAAUCUUACUCGAGGAAAAGAGACUGGAUUAGUACAUGUAGGAGAAAAUGGUUGUGCAAUUUUAAGGCAGCAUAGCAGGCUUAUAUGUUGUGGUAAUCCUGCUGGAAGAAUUGAUCUCAGGGAUCCAAAUACAUUAUCAAUAGAACAUACAUUUGAUACCCACAGUGGUUCUCUCAGUGAUUUUGAUGUUCAAGGAAAUUAUCUUGUUACUUGUGGUUUUAGUAACAGCCGUCAGGGCCUGUCAGUAGAUAGAUUUUUAAUGGCAUAUGAUUUGAGACAAAUGAGAGCUUUGAGCCCUGUUACAACUCUGGUAUAUCCUCUUUUAUUGAAGUUCCUACCUAGUUACUCGAGUCGCAUAGCUGUUGUAUCACCAUUGGGACAAAUGCAACUUCUUGAUACUAUAUAUGCUAAUGUGCAACCAGCCAUGACAUGCUUGUAUCAGGUUGCAACUGGUGGGGCAAUGAUAUUGUCAUUUGAUGUGUCCCCUACAUCUCAGUGUCUAUGCUUUGGAGAUUCAGCAGGUUCUAUACAUCUUAUGUCUACAAAUACACCUGAACCCCAAUUUAAUACAUUUUCUCGGCCAACAGAAUUUGCUGAUCCAGUUGAUUCAGUUCAAUCCAUAUCAUUUGGUGAUGAUGUUACACCACUGAGUACAAUACCAAUUGUGUAUACUGGACAUCCAUUAUUAAGUGAUUGGCCAGAAGAAUAUUUAAAAAAAAUUUAUAGGAAGACACCAUCUAUUGACACUGAAAUACUGCGCACAAUGAAGAUGCAAGGAACAAUAGGUUAUGCCCCAAAUCCUCAGGCAUUUCGCAGAAAUCAAAUACCUUACAAUUUGGAAAAACGACGGGGUGUAGUCGCAAAGCUUUUCGCGGGUGACUCACGGUCUAAAACAGAUGACGGCACCUUUGUGGCCAUACCUAAGCGUUAUCGUAAAAUCGAGGUGAAAUACUCACGUCUUGGUUACGACGAGUUCGAUUUUGAUCAGUAUAAUCGCACCAGCUUCUGCGGCCUCGAGGCUACACUUCCAAACAGCUACUGUAACGCUAUGUUGCAGUUGCUUUAUUACUGUGAGCCUGUGAGAAUAGCGUUGCUAUCUCACUCCUGCCAAAGAGAAUUCUGCCUAUCCUGCGAACUAGGAUUCUUGUUUCACAUGCUGGAUACAUCCCCAGGUUUGCCCUGCCAGGCUGCGAAUUUUCUUCGAGCUUUUAGAACGGUCCCUGAAGCGGCAGCUUUGGGACUUAUAUUGAGCGAUCUCCAUCCGGAAGCGAAGAGAAAAACUAAUUUGAUCAGACUGAUACAGAGCUGGAAUAGAUUUAUACUACAUCAAAUUCAUUAUGAAAUUUUGGAGACGAGAAAGCGUCAGCAAGAGGAAGAGGAAGCGACACGACUUAAAUCAGGACCAAAAUGUCAGCCGUUCGUUUACAACGAGCAAGAUUUCCCUAGUAUUUUGCAGGACAUUGGUUCUCGGUACAGGAGUCACGAUGUAGAAAGAAAAAGAAGGAGAAAGCAAGAGGGGGAUGGUAAAUAUAUGUGGAUCACAUCGAAAGAUAAGAACAGCAAAAAGUCUAUUGAAGAGAAUGAGGUACGAGACGAAGAGACAGAGAUCAGUCGUCUGUUUGGGUCCGAACAAAUGCAUAUACACCGCUGUCUCAAAUGUGGGCAAGAAGCUACGAAACAUUCCAUCAUGUUGCUGUGUAACUUAGUUUAUCCGGAAUUAAUGCGUCCUUCAGAGGAGGUUCCGUUUACGAGUGUUCUUGCCCGCAGUUUAAGACCCGAGAAAAUUACACCUGCAUGGUGUGACAAUUGUCAGAAAUUUACACCCACUCUCCAAUCUCGACAAUUGACUAAACUACCUCAAAUAUUGGCUCUGAACUGUGGUUUAGAUACACAACAGGAUAAAUUGUUUUGGCAAGCUCAAAUGGACAUAGUGGUUCAGAAAGUACUAAGUGGAAAGGAAAGUAGCCCAUCUUCGAGUCCCGUCCCCAUUACUGUAAAACCAUGUCGAUACGGUAACAACUGCACUCGAAUCGGCUGUAGAUUCAGACAUGUUGGUAGAGAUUCAGAAAAUGUAUCAACGUCACCAGUUACACCACCGAUAACAGCUUCAACGCCAAUCGCAACACCGCCUAGUCAUUUGUACUAUUCUCAUUCAUGGAUUCCACACAACAUCGAGAUUAUGAACAACAGUGGUGAAUUGUCCGUGGAAAAGAUCAGCACUCCAAAGAACGAUUGUAACGAAAGUAGUAAGACCAACGAGGUAGUUGUAGUAGAAAAUGGACAGGGUGACAACAAAGUACUAGAGGAUCUAGAAAUUUCUGGAAAGGAUUCCGAAGAGAAAGCGAUUGAGAAUCAUGUUAACGCGGGACCACAUAACGAGGUUGCAGAGAAAGACGACAAAAUUAUCCAGAAUUCGGAUAAGAUAAGCAAAAUUCAGUACAGUCUUAGCGCAGUUGUUUGUUACAUCGACGACAAGAGUAACGAGGAUAGAAGAAAUAUCGUCGCGUUGUUGCGAGUUGGACCAAAUUAUCAUGAACGAUCGGCUGGCAGCGCGGUAUCGCAGUGGUACAUUUUUAACGAUUUUUGUAUAUCUGCAGUGACACCACAAGAAGCUGUUUGGUUUAAUCUCGACUGGAAAGUCCCUUGUGUUUUGCAUUAUACGGCUGUACCAGCACCUGAACCAGCAGCUUUCGUUAGCCCCCUAACCUACGAUGUAUUCGGUGAAGAUAAGUGCAUUGCUCGCAGUGGAGGAACAAGGGGCAUUACCUUUACCCCAUUGACAUCCGACGAGAUGCCAAAAAAAGGAGAAUUGGUUGCAAUCGAUGCAGAGUUCGUAACAUUAAAUCAAGAAGAGUCGGAACUUCGAAGCGAUGGAAAAAUGUCCACCAUAAAACCGAGUCACAUGUCUGUUGCACGUAUAACAUGUAUACGAGGGCAAGGUCCUUUGGAAGGAACUCCGUUUAUAGAUGAUUACAUAAGCACUCAAGAGCAAGUAGUAGAUUACUUGACGAAAUUCAGUGGAAUUCAGCCUGGCGAUUUGGAUGCUAAUUUUAGUAGCAAACACCUAACCACUCUAAAGUCGACGUACCAAAAAUUACGGUUUCUGGUUGAUAACGGUAUCAUAUUUGUUGGUCAUGGUCUAAAGAAUGAUUUUAGAGUGAUAAAUUUAGUCGUACCAUCGGAACAGAUCCUCGAUACAGUAUUGUUAUUCCAUUUACCUCAUCAUCGUAUGGUGUCACUGCGUUUUCUCACGUGGCACUUUUUGGGUAAAAAAAUUCAGUCGGAAACACACGAUUCUACCGAGGAUGCUAGAGCUGCUCUUGAAUUAUAUCGAAAAUACAAAGAAUUAGAGAACUCUGCAAAGCUAGCCGAAUCGUUGAAGGAGCUUUACAACGUUGGCAAUCAAUUACAGUGGAAAGUUCCGGAUAGCUGA